AUGUCACAACUUGUGACUAUAUCGCCAAAUGGUGUUCUCUUCAAUAUAGAAUAUAAUAGAGCUGGAGAAAUAGAGUCAAGUGUAUUUCUUGAACAGUUAGAUGUUCAAGAAAUUGAGGACCUAGACAGGAAAUCUGAAGACCAGCAAGAUGCUACCUUGGAUGAACACAAAGUCCAUGAAAUUCCUUUUGAAGAUGAAAGCACCCAGAGCCCUGCAAGUUUGGAGAGGCAGACUAUCAGAAAGCAGUGCAAGCUCGAGGACUGGACCUGCCAAAAAGGUGGCAUGCAGAGUAGCAGCUCAGGAUAUCGCAAUAUGAACCAACAACAAAACCCCCAUGAUUCUCCCAGGGGAUCUUCAGGGCAAGGGGAUCUUCAUGGCAAGGUAGAAGAAGACAAGAAAACAGAGAACCUUGGGAAAACCCAUCUGGAAACAGACAGAGUCACUCCUCAGGGAGAUCCAGUCUACAGAGCCAAAGACCCAGGGACAGUUCCAGCGAGAGGCAAGACUCAGAAAGGAUGCAGAAGACCAUCUGUCUGCAAGGAAUAUAGACUGACUGCCUAUUGUGCAGAAUGCAUAGAAGCUUUUGUCAGCUCAAAUGCCUACUCUGACCUAGUGCAUUGCUUACGUGCUACAUGGAUGACAGGAAAGACCCGUCCAAAAGCAUAUCGAGUCAGUCAGCUGGAGGCCCUGUGCCACUUUCUGGAUGAAAGGCAGGCAGAUAUCCAGCAUGCCCUAUGUGCAGACCUACGCAAGCCCUGCUUUGAAACUGAGCUCACGGAGGUUUUGCCAGUCAGAAAUGAACUGGCCUAUGCUUUGAACAACUUAAACCAUUGGAUGAGGGAUGAAUGUGUGCACAAGAAUCUAGCAACACUGAUGGAUUGUGCCUUCAUUCGCAAGGAGCCAUAUGGUGUGGUGCUGAUCAUAGGAGCUUAUAACUAUCCUAUCCAUCUUACUUUGAUGCCCCUUGUGGGUGCCAUUGCAGCUGGGAAUUGUGUGGUUCUCAAGCCUUCAGAGGUGAGCAGCUGCACUGAAGCGCUCCUUGCAAAAGCAUUGCCUUGUUAUAUGGAUCCGGAGUCACCUGAUUAUGCCCGCAUGGUCAAUGACAGGCAUUUCAAGCGUGCCCAAGCUUUCUUGGAAUCUGGCCAUGUGGCCAUUGGUGGAGAGACUGAUGAGAGUGAGCUUUAUAUUGCUCCCACAGUGUUGGUGAAUGUGAAAGAAUGGGAUCCAGUCAUGCAAGAGGAAAUUUUUUCACCCAUCCUGCCGAUAUUCAUUGUGAGAGAUGUAGACGAAGCCAUAGACUUCAUCAAUUGCAGAGAACGCCCACUAGCUUUAUAUGCCUUCUCCUCAGACUCCAAGGUUGUGCACCAUGUACUGGACAAUACUAGCAGUGGUAGCUUUUGCGGCAAUGAUACCAUGCUGCAAGCACUAUCGGUUGCCCUACCAUUUGGUGGCGUUGGAAUGAGUGGCUUUGGCAAAUACCACGGAAAGUUUACUUUCGAUACAUUUACUCACUUCCGUGGCUGUCUUUUGCGCAGCAUGGGCAUGGAGAUGAUGAACAGAUUGCGCUACCCACCAUACAACAAUAGGAAAUUGAGAGCAAUGAGAUGCCAUAACAUGGAAUGGAUUCCAAAAUAUGGUUCUCUUCACAGGCACAUCACCUACGAUGACAAUGUUAAUACUCAAGUCAAGCCCUGCUUCUGGUUCAGGAAUUCUGGGAGUUGA